UUAUUCACCGUCCCAUUCCCAUGAAGUUCUUCAUCGACGACCUCCCGGUGCUCUUUCCAUACCCCCGGAUCUACCCGGAACAGUAUGCAUACAUGUGUGAUAUCAAGAAGACGCUCGACGUGGGGGGCAAUUGCAUUCUUGAAAUGCCGUCGGGAACAGGCAAGACCGUGUCGCUUCUUUCACUUACGGUGGCGUACCAGAUGCACUACCCCGAGCACCGCAAAAUCAUCUACUGUUCACGGACAAUGUCAGAGAUUGAGAAGGCAUUGGUGGAGUUGCACGCGCUCAUGGCGUUCCGCUCGACGGAGCUCGGAUACGUGGAGGAAUUCCGCGGUAUGGGUCUCACGUCGCGCAAGAACUUGUGUCUCCACCCGACGAUCUCGAAGGAGAAACGGGGCGACCUUGUGGACGAAAAGUGCCGGCGGAUCACCAACGGGCAGUUGAAGGAGAAGGCAGCGCUGGGCGAGAUGGACAUCGAGGAGAUCCAGUCCCAGUUGUGCUCCUUUCACGAAAACCUCAACGACCGCGACCCCCACAACCUCGUGCCACCAGGAGUUUAUUCCUUUGACAGCUUGAUUAAAUACUGCAAGGCCGAGGGUACGUGUCCGUACUUCACCGUCAGACGAAUGAUGGGGUACUGCAACAUCAUCAUCUACUCGUACCACUACCUCUUAGAUCCCAAGAUUGCCGAGCGUGUCUCGCGGGAGCUUUCGAAGGACAGCAUUGUGAUUUUUGACGAAGCCCACAACAUUGAUAACGUCUGCAUUGAAUCUCUAUCCUUGGAUUUGACGGAAGAGACCUUGAGGAAGGCCACGCGCGGGGCAAACAGUUUGAAAAACAAGGUGGAGGAGCUUCGGCUCACAGACAGCAAUAAGCUUCAGAACGAAUACGAGAAGUUGGUGGCGGGACUCCGCGAGGCGGAGAUUGCACGCGACGAGGAGCUUUUCAUGGCGAACCCCGUUCUACCGGCGGACCUUCUCGACGAGGCGGUUCCUGGGAACAUCCGCCGGGCAGAGCACUUCAUCUCGUUCUUGAAGCGCUUCAUCGAGUAUCUCAAGACGCGCAUGAAGGUCCUCCACGUGAUCUCCGAGACGCCUGCGAGCUUCCUUCAGCACUUGAAGCAGCUAACCUUCAUCGAGCGCAAACCGUUGCGCUUCUGCUCGGAGCGCCUCGCGUUGCUAGUCAAGACACUCGAGCUCAACGAGAUUGACGACUUUACGGCGUUGAAGGACAUUGCCACGUUUGCAACCCUUGUCGCGACGUAUGAGUCGGGUUUCCAGUUGAUUCUUGAGCCGUUUGAGACCGAGGGCUCCACGGUGCCGAAUCCGAUCCUCCACUUUACGUGUCUCGACGCAUCUAUCGCGAUGAAACCCGUGUUCGACCGCUUCUCGUCCAUUAUCAUCACCUCCGGGACCAUCUCGCCGCUCGACAUGUACCCGCGGAUGCUCAACUUCGAGACCGUUGUCCAGGAGUCGUACACGAUGACGUUGGCGCGGCGUUCGUUUCUCCCGAUGAUCGUCACCAAAGGUCCCGACCAGGUUGCAAUCUCGUCGCGGUUCGAAAUCCGCAACGAUCCGUCGGUCGUACGUAACUACGGGUCGUUGCUCGUGGAAUUUGCCAAGGUCACGCCCGACGGUCUCGUGGUUUUCUUUCCGUCGUACCUCUACAUGGAGAGCAUUAUCUCGCAGUGGCAGACGAUGGGCAUCUUGGACGAGGUCUGGAAGUACAAGUUGCUCUUGGUCGAGACACCCGACGCCCAGGAGACCGCGCUCGCGUUGGAGACAUACCGCACGGCCUGCUCCAACGGCCGUGGCGCGGUGUUGUUGUCGGUUGCGCGUGGGAAAGUGUCCGAGGGGAUCGAUUUUGACCACCAGUACGGGCGCACCGUGUUGAUGAUUGGCAUUCCGUUCCAGUACACUGAGUCGCGUAUCCUUAAGGCGCGUUUGGAGUUUCUCCGUGACCAAUACCAGAUCCGGGAAAACGACUUUUUGAGUUUCGACGCCAUGCGACACGCAGCCCAGUGUUUAGGGCGUGUCAUCAGAGGCAAAGACGACUACGGGGUUAUGGUGUUGGCCGACCGGCGGUUUUCGCGUAAGAAGGGGCAGUUGCCGAAGUGGAUCGCCCAGGCGUUGAUGGAUGCAGAUACGAAUUUGAGUACCGAUAUGGCGGUCGCCAAUACAAAGAAGUUUUUGAAGACAAUGGCGCAACCCGCAGACCCAAAGGACCAGGAAGGGGUUUCGGUGUGGAAUUUGGAGCAGUUGCGGCGAUUCCAGCAGGAACAAAUGGAGUUUGACAUGGGCGAGUUGGAUGAGGAGGAUUUGAUGGAUUUGGAUGGGGAUGAGGAGUUGGAGUUGGCGGGGUUAUAACCGUGGCGGUUGUAAAGCAAAGUGGGGCCAAGCUGCUUGAUAGACCAAAUCUGCCAAUAUUGUCUCACUCUAAACGUUUAUCACCCUCUAUAAUAUAGAAUAAAACUGGUAUCUGUCCAGUAAACCUGCGUUAGUGUUUUAUCAAGGGUUGAGUCUUGUCCGUCUGCAUGUGUAUAGUGAAUUUGGGCGUGCGACUUCAACAGCCGUGUUUCUACAAUUGGUCAACAGAUAUAACGUAAUGGUUAAUAAUAAAAGUACAACAAAA